AUGUUGGCCAGCUCUCGGGCCCAUGUUGGUGGAUCAUUGAACGCGAGAGCGUUGCCCGGAGCACGGGUGCAUAAUAAUUUCAUCGGAUGUUUGAAAAAGGUGGAGUUUUCAGCAGACACUCUCCGUCUUAACCUCAUCGAUCUAGCCCGCACCGGCAGUAAAUUGAUUACUGUUACUGGACGUUUAGAGUACGCUUGCACAGCUUCUGAUACCGCCGAUCCUGUAACAUUUACCACUAGGGACGCACACUUGACUUUUUGGAUUAUUUGCUGGAAUAAAAUUUCUGCUGGAUACGGGCAGGGCAGGACCGAGUGUUUUGGGGAGCAUAUGGCUCUCGAUGAAAAGAAAAUCGAAAUAAUAAAUUGCCAAACGCAUUUAGAUGUAGUUUCAAAAAUGUAUGGUAUUCUACCAAAAUGGGAGGCAGUGAAGACGGGAACGAUAUCAUUCAAGUUUCGAACGAACGAACCCAACGGAUUGAUCUUGUUCAACAUGGGCGCAAAACCACCAAGGGUAGGUUGCACGGCUGAUCUUUUCGCUGUGGAAAUGCUCAAUGGAUACAUUUAUGUCCAUGUUGACCUUGGCUCAGGAGGAGUUAGGGUAAGAGCGUCUCGAAGAAGAGUAGAUGAUUCGCACUGGCAUGAGUUUUUAUUAAGAAGAAGUGGAAGAGACGGUAGAGUUACUGUUGACGGAGCAAACGCUGAAUUUAAAACACCGGGUGAAUCCAAUCAGCUAGAAUUAGAUGGGCCGCUCUAUGUUGGUGGCUUGGGUUCGGAAUAUUCAGCCUCGAGAACACCGCCUGCAUUGUGGACCGCUACAUUAAGACAGGGCUUUGUCGGUUGUAUUAGGGACCUAGUAUUGAAUGCGAAACCACAAGAUCUAACCGCAUAUGCACGCCAGCAAGAUUCUGCAUCGGUACGUCCAGCUUGUCACGUUUUGAUGAAGCAGUGUGUCAGUUCUCCAUGUCAGCAUGGAGGUGUUUGCUCCGAGGGCUGGAAUCGACCCCUCUGUGACUGCUCUUCGACAAAUUACGGGGGACCAACCUGCGGACGAGAAUCAGCGACGAUCCAUCUCAACGGCAGUCAGCAUCUCACAGCUUCGCUAGGACCGGAGCAUGUUACGCAAACAGAAGAAUUAAUGUUGAGGUUCCGAACAAACAAAGCUGGUCUUUUACUGCGGACAGCAUCAGAACACUCAGCAGAUAGGAUAGAGCUUGCAGUAGCUGCUGGAAGGGUCAGAGCCAGCGUGAGAUUAGGAGAUCGUGAAAAGAAUCUUCUUGCUGGCUCCAACGUAGCAGAUGAUAAUUGGCACACAGUUAGGUUCUCUCGGCGUGCUUCAAACUUGAAGCUCCAGGUGGACGGAACUCAGCCAGUACGCGCGGAAACAAUUUUAGGGAAAGCGUCUACUUUAGAAAUAUCAACUUUGCAUCUAGGUGGCUUAUUUCACCCAGAAGAAGAAAUACAGAUGACGUCCACUCUCCCAAAUUUUGUUGGAUACUUACAGAAGUUUGUUUUUAAUGGUAUAAGAUACAUCGAUAUGGCAAAGACCCUUGGUAUUGGGGAAAGUGAUGAGAGUAACAAUAUCUACGAUACCUCUAACAUAAUUUUUACUGGAACUUUUACAAAGCCAGAUUCUUUGAACGUUUAUAAAUCUGUCACCUUUAAAUCAAAACAUACAUAUGUCGGUCUGCCUUUAUUGAAAGCUUAUGCCAAUACUUACCUAGACUUUUAUUUCCGUACUUCUGAAAUGGAUGGAUUAUUAUUUUAUAAUGGGGGAAAGAAGCAAGAUUUUAUUGCAAUAGAACUAGUGAACGGCCACAUUCAUUGUGUUUUUAAUCUCGGAGACGGUGUAGUUACCAUGAAAGAUAAAUUGAAGAACUUCUUGAAUGACAACAGAUGGCAUUCUGUGUCUGUUAGACGACCGACUCCAAAAAUUCAUACAUUACAAGUUGAUGAAGAUUUGCAAAUGCAUACAACAAGAGUACCUAGAGAUAUGUAUUCGUCAUUGCCAGUGGGGGUAUUAUCACGGCAAGGUUUCGAAGGCUGUAUGUCUAGCUUAGACUUGCCUGGUGAGUCGCCAUCUUUGAUGGAUGAUGCUGUAGUGCCGAGUUCAUCUCUGGGAUCAGGUUGCGAAGAAUCAAUAGCAUAUGAAUUUGGUCCUGGGCGUGGAAUUAUAACAUAUACAUUUCCACCAAGUUCUGUAGCUGAUACGGAGACCGAUAAGGUAGCACUGGGUUUUGUUACGAGUAAAUCAGACGCCGUCCUUCUGAGAAUUGAAUCUUCAAAUACACAGGACUACAUGCAGAUGGAGAUUAUACGUGGCAACCUAUUUAUGGUAUAUAACGUGGGCGGUGGUGAUCAUCCGCUCGGUGAUGAAGCAGCAAGGGUUGACGACGGUGCUUAUCACGUGGCAAGGUUCACAAGAAACGGAAGUAGAUCCUCGUUGCAGUUAGAUAAUUACGCAGUCAACAUAAGACACCCUCAAGGUGGUCAACAGUCAACGAUAUUCAAUAGCAUGUCAACGAUAACAGUGGGUGGUGGUACCGGUGGUGCGAGGACGUUUAGUGGAGUCAUCGCCGGCCUGGUAGUAGAUGGGGUUAGGGUCUUAGAACUGGCUGCGGCUGGAGAUCCUUCCGUAUCAGUACGUGGUGAUGCGAGAAGAGCUCAUACACCGCUCGAUAGAGAUAUUAAUAGAAUGCAACAGACACCACCAUCUGGAUAUGGGGGCCCCGGAGUACUAGAUGAGCUAGUCUACUCCGGUGCAGGCUCUGGUUGUAGAGACGACGAUGAAGAUGCUUGCGUCCUCCCUGAUGCUGGUUCCGGAGAUGACCUCAUCACUCCCGUCUAUGUACCUUCUACUAGAAGGCCUCCUUCAAGGGGUGAUACAAGUGGAAAAUUGAUGAAACCGUGUGAUGACGAGGAUUGCAUCGAGGGUUCUGGCUCCAACGGUGAAGAAGUCACAGAACCUGAACAUCCAGCAACCACAUCUGGUGCAAGCAGUACCCACAGUAUGACAACUCCAACCGUUAGUAUAUCAUCUACGGAACACGUUGAUAAAUCUCUUGAAGGGUCUACGGAUGGCUCUACAGAUACUAGUAGUAGUACUAAAGCUGAUACCGUGCAUACAACUCUUCCUGAUCAUGAUAACAUUCAAGCUGGCACUGUUGACACUGCUACAACACCAGAGAGAAGAACUACACCUACCGAUGAGCACACGCAUACAAGCGAUCACUUCACACCACCAGCAACAGGACGGCAUACUCCUAGCGAAACCACUCAUACUACAGAAGACAAUCAUAUACCAGACUAUGAAGACCGGCGAGAAAAUGAGAUAGAAGCCAGAGUCCCCACCUAUGAGAUAGGUAUGGGGGAGCAAAACAGACUGCCGGGCAGAGGUCAUCAAGAUUACAAUGGCUACGACAUUACCACAAAGUGGUAUCAGCCUAAGACCACAGAUAAUAGGGUGGUGCCUCCUGAAUCAGAGUUUUUCGCUACUAUAGUAGGUAUAGUCGCAUCAGUACUGAUAGCAAUAAUACUCAUAGUGAUCAUCGUGCUCAAGUACAUUGUGUUCAAACUCGACCCUUCGUACAAAGUGACGGAGGACAAGAGUUACCAGCAAGGCGCCAGCGCGGCUCUGCUCGGCAAUCAGGCCCACUCGAGUUACCAAAGUGGUGCUUCGAGCGCGCCAACUGGCGGCGCAGUGCGAAACCUUCAACCUCUACCGUUAAAUAGAAACGGUGGUGCACCAUUGCCAGUGCCCACGCAACCCGUCAAACGUGACGGCAUCAAGGAGUGGUACGUCUAAAAAGACAUAUCAACAGUCCCGUAGAAGCUUCAAACGCAACCUCGCAGACCCACACCGACCCUGCAGCUGUGUAACGAUGCUUAAUUAAGACGAUAAUGUAAGGUUAAAUGACUGAUUCGCAAGUGUUUAGUAUUUGUAAAUAUUAAUUAAUUAUUGUAAUGUUAUAGAAUCACUUGUGCGAUCAGACGUGCGAUUUUAAUGUUAUCAAUAAAUAUGUGAUGUCUAGUUGAAUCUGGAAUUGCAUUAUGUUUUGCAGGACUUUCUUUGAUGUUCUAUCCUUUUUAUAUGUUCUGUUAUCUGUUUUGAACUUUAAAAAUAUACAUUACUCUUACGACGUAUUUACGCGAGUAAAAUUUUCUCUCUGCAUUGCCUUUCAUAGUUUGGAUAAGAUUUAUCUUUAGUCAGUUUAUUGGGGUUCAUGUAAAUUUUUAAGAAAAUUGAGGAGAGUUUAAUGAAUCACUUUUUCUAAUCGUAUACAACAUUUGUAGUUGCAUUUCGGUCACGCCGUAAUCAUUGGCCGAUACCAUUACGAUUAUAAUAUUUAAAAAAAUAAGAAAAGCAUUUUGGGUUGCAGUUGUCACAAAUACCGAUAAUCUCGCUAGAAGUAAAAGUAUUUCAAAAUUCUUCAUUGUUAAAUUUUUGGAAUUUGAUAUUUUCCAAUGAUAUAGACAUACUAAUGCAAAUUGGGGCUGCCAUCACGGAAAUGAUGCAUAUCGAUCAAUUAAAGACUAUAGUACUAUUACGAUUUCAAUAAUCUUUCCUAUAUUAUUAAGUAUACACUAUUUUUAUUGGUAGAUGGGAUGCGGCGUGUAGGAAACUAGGAAAUGAAAUCAUAUUAACGAGACUUGUUAAGAAUCGCUUGAAGUUAGAAUUUCAGAAACGUGUAUAUUAUCGUAGAGUGCGUAACAACAUGAGCUUGUAGAUUUGGUAUGAAAGACAUAGACGAAUUUAGUUUUGUUCAAUUUUUUUCAUGUUCCUUUACAACAAAUCUCUUGCUCAACACAUUUAUUUUAUUUUUUUUGAAUUGUCUAUUUAAAUUAUAUUUUUAUAAAGUCCCAUUAAUUUUCCAUUCAUAAAAAAAUACAUUUGUGAAAAGAACACCGCAAUUUUAAAUGUAACAUCAAUACGGCUAAAUUUAAUUUUUAUACAGAUCUGUGUACCACAAGGAACUUUAUUAAAACCACAUCUAUUUGUAAUUAGGGACAAAAUAAAAAUUUAAACCAUUCGUUUACCUAAUCUUCUCCUUCUAAAAUGUUUUCUUAAUCCUAAAUAGAUUCGCAUGCAGUUUUUCCAUUGUUUAUUAUACUUGCUAAUCUAUUUUUAUGACUAGGUAGUAUUAUACAUCCACCGUCCCGUUUUCCUCUUUCCGAUCAAAAACUUAAAUUAGCUUUAAAAUAAGAUGAAAAACAUAUUUAUAUAGAUCGUUAUGAAGCACAGGUCUUAGGUAUUUAAAGUUGCAUUUAUUGUAAAUAGUUAAUAAUUAUAAUAUUUUAAUUUAAGCGGUAUGUAACAGUACGGUGUAAUCACACUCGUUUUACGGCACAAAAUGUUAGUAUCAACAAUUUGUUUAUCUGUCAAUUUUUAGUGGUAAAUUUGAUGUGAUUGAUGAUUUGUACCGCAGAGUUGUUUAAUUAUUAGAUAGUAUUAAUUUUUCAUUGUUCUCUCAAUAUACAACUGAAAUAUGACGUUAAAAAUAAAUUUGUAAUCCUAAAGAAAAAUAAUUAAUAAUUUUGCGUCUUAAGCGAAAUAUUUAAAUGAAUUUUUAAAGCAGUUACUAAUAUCUGAUUUGUAAAUUGUAUAGAAGUGGCAGUUGUAUAUUGUUGAAUCAAUUGAUUAAAAAUAUUUAUAUUUGUUUAAUUAAGCCAUAUUCACUAAAGUUGUUAUAUACUCGACUUUGGUCGGACCAAGUUUUGUUUCAUGUAAAGGUGACAGUUUUUUGAAAUAAUAAUUAUAUUGUGUAAAUUAUUGAACUGGUUGUUUUAUUUUUGCAUUGUUUAAAUUAAAAAGUACUGCCUCCAUCUCCUACCUUCACCAAAAUAAAAAUAUGUAUAAAUUAUCUUCAAAACAUAACAGUUAAUAUUCAUAAUAGAGAGUUUUAACUACCAAUAAAACUUACCUAUUAUUUUUCCUAAAGAAUCCGGAAAGUCGAA